CUUCACUUUCAGACUUUACAGUUUCGACAUUCAUCUUGACCUCUCAAAGCAUACCCGACAUCUCAUUUGCACCCAUUUUACUAGUUAACCAUGCAGCUCCCCAGCGCCCUUACGCUCACGACCUUACUGUCCUCAUUUGCCAUGAGUGCACGCGCAGUUUACCCUCCUCCCAACGAUUAUAUCAUGAGCAUGGGACAAGACUGGGCCAAUGGCUAUCUGUCGGUUUACAAUUCCAAAGGGGAGGACGCAUUCCGUUGGUUCAAGGAUUACCAUAAAAUCAGAGGGUCCACACAAACCACCCUUGCGGACGGAUCUUCCAGACCGUUGUUUUCACUUGACUCGAGCACCGAUUCUUGCCACUACAACAAACGCUUUUUACAGUACAAAGGCCAAGCAUGGGCUGAACGGGAUUAUCGGCUUCAACUCAGAGACUCCAAAGCUGACAUGUGGCACUUCAACUACCCCGACAAAUCUGGUAUCCGAAGAUACUACAGAUUCAACAAGAACUCUUCCAACAUGGGCGGUCGGAUUUAUAGGGUGGCCCGGGGACAAAAGGAUGUGUUAGAAGGAUUAUUGAGAACCAAUGUACGCUACGAUAAAUGGUGGAACGACCCCAAAGGCCGGAACACGUUUACCCUCUCAAUUGUUGAUGAGGCACCAGUGCCCGAAAUGGUGAUGUUGAUGGCUUUAGUACUCGAACACUCCAUUUCAUGCAGAGGGAUGCAGAAUUGAACCCUCUUUAUGUGCCUCUUGCUCCUUCCUUCCCCAGUUCCCAUGCCACUCACCUCCUUGUGAAGUACUAGAUGUACGGACACAUCGUACACUUUUCUCUCCCAGUUGACUUUAUGUCCAUUUGCUUUAAAAGACAUUUUUUGUAGUAGCGUUUAUGAUACAUUAUUUGUGCUGAUCUAAGCAAUCCC